AUGCAGAUGGGCGCCUUUAACGUUUUGGCCAUCCUCUCAGGUCUGGCCGUUGCACUCGCCAGUGACAUUUGUGCUGCGCCAAGUCUAAAAGUCAAGACUCACAACGGUGUGCUGGAAGGCUUCAAAGACGGGUCCUCCAAAGUUGCUCAAUUCCUCGGCAUUCCUUAUGGUGAACAUCGACGAUGGGAACCAGCUAUACCUAGCGGCCCUUUCGGAACACUCAAGGCUACUUCGUUUGGUCCCAACUGUGCUCAGAGUGAACCUGGUGUUGGCGGUCCUUGGGCUCCCGAGUUUCUCAUCAAGCCUAACAGCACGAGCGAGAAUUGCCUCUUCUUGAAUGUCUGGGCGCCGUCGCAGGCCCUUUGUCCCAAAGCAAAACCGCUUCCUGUGAUUGUUUGGAUUCAUGGAGGAGGUUUCGCUUCGGGCGGCGGUGAUAUCGAUUACCAGAUCCCCAGGAACUGGGUUGAGAGAAGUCAACAGCAUAUUGUCGUCGGCAUCAACUAUCGUCUUGGAGUCUUUGGCUUUCCCAAUGCACCAAGUCUCAACCCCAAACAACAAAACUUGGGAUUCCUAGAUCAACGUCUCGCAGUCAAAUGGGUCAGCGACAACAUAUCUCGCUUCGGCGGUGAUCCUAAGCGCAUCAUUCUCUGGGGCCAGAGUGCCGGCGCCGCUUCUGUGGCGUUCUACCAAUAUGCGUAUCCCAACACUCCCAUCGCCGCCGGAUACAUUGAGAACUCGGGAUCGGCCUUCCUCGGGCUGAGGGCUAAUGACGAAACAAAGAGCAACUUUACUUCACUUGCUAAAUCUUUUGGGUGCAGACGCGACUAUGUCGAGUGUCUACGACGUGUCCCCUUUAAGGAUCUCCAGAGACAUGUUGAGGAAGCAAAGACCAUGAGCUUUGUCCCUGUUGUUGAUGAACGAACUGUGUUCUCAGACUAUACCAACAGAAUCCCGAGUGUUGCCAAACUUCCUGCGAUUAUUGGAACAAACCGAGACGAAGGAGACCUGUCCGACCCUCCAGGAUCAGGAGACCACUCUUCGGAUCAAGUCAAACCCGACAACACUUUCCACUGCCCAGCACACUACGAGACCAUCCUUCGAUCUUCCGCCGGCGUAAACACAUGGCGAUAUAUGUAUUCCCCCAACUUUACCAACAUCAUGCCUGGAGGAGAGGGUGCAUUCCACAGCGCCGAACUCCCCCUGAUUAUGGGAACUCAUGAUGAAGCUCGUGGAAAAUCGAGCAAGUUUGAGUACAAGGUCAGCCACGCUAUGCAGGAUUAUUGGCUUGCUUUUGCGCAGGAUCCUUCUGCAGGUUUGACCCGCAAGGGAUGGAAGCCAACGCCCAAGACAGGAGUUCAGGAGGGCAUCGUCUUUGGGUCCGACAACAAGGUUGUGGUACGACCGUAUGCUUGGACUAGCGUACAAAACGGAUGUAACAAAGCUGGUGCUGCUAAGAAUUAG